AUGUGUUUAAUAUUCACCUGCGGUGAGCAUACCUUCAGAAAAGAGGUAGAAGGCUAUGAGGGUGUUGUCUGUCAAUGCCAUAACUGCGGCAACUAUGCUGGACAUAUCAUCAAAAGCAAUCCUUGGUUCACCUUUUGCUUCGUGCCCGUCAUCCCGCUCUCUAUCCAUGGUUACCAGGACGUCGUCUGCCAUAUCUGUAACUUUGCGCAGCCGUUAGAACACCGACCCGACGCUCAGGCGAUGCGACGUGGCGGGGAAGGGAAUAAUGUUCCGAUGCAGAAUCAACCACCGCCACCACAACAAGGAGCUCCGCAACAAGGGCCACCUGCGGGAUGGGGACAAGGACCGCCUCAGGGUCAAGCGCCUAUGAGAUACGGAUAA